CCCUCGAGCCGUGGUGGGUGUUGUCGCUGUUGUUGUUUUUACUCAGUCGCUGGUUCUUCACCGAAGUGAUGUGGAAGGCUGUGUUUUUUGUCCUGGCGGCUGUCUUGGCCGUCGGGUUCGGUGGCUUGGCGGGAGGCUUCAGAAACAUCGACGUCAAUGAUGAAGGAGUCCAGAACGCCUUGAACUUCGCCGUUCUCCACUACAACAGAGGCCUCAACGCUAUGUACCGCAGAGACGCGGUGGAGACGGUCAAGGCUCGGGCUCAGGUUGUUUCGGGUAUGAAUUAUGAGAUCACUGUGAAAAUGGCCGAGACCACCUGCAGGAAGGAAAGCACCAGUGAAACCUGCCCCGUCAUCGACUCCCAUCAGCCCAGGAACUACACCUGUGUUUUCACAGUGUGGAGCCAGCCUUGGAUGAGCAUUAUUGAGCUGACAAAACAGAAGUGCGACAACUAACUACACAAGGAAUCAUCUGCUCUGGGAACGUUGAUAGAAACCCUCUUUCGUUGAUGAUAACCCUCCUCCUUCUGAGUGAAAUGUAUUUUCUCCUAAACAAACUACGACAGUAUUAACCUCUCUGUGUUAUACCCGUGUGACGGGGCAUAGACAUGUUUCAAAGUUCACUUUAUGCAAUUCUAAUGUUCCAGUGUAGAGGACCGCUUUUAGAUUAGCAGCUUAGUACUGAUUUAGUCAUUAGAUGACAUUAUUGCAGACCAUAUGAGUGUUCUUCUUUCGAUUGAUUUCUGCUCUGAUCAGUUACAAAAACUGUUAAUAUGGCUGAUGUAAAGAAUGGGAAUUGGUUUCUAAUAAAACUGCUGCAGUAUUUGGUAACAACUUCAA